AUGGCAUUUUGGUCCAGCACUUCGAUUUUCACCUCUAAAGUGCCCCGGAAAAUCUUAUUCAUGUUCACCCUCUCCCUAUCUGUCACCUACUUGUUCUAUAGCUUGAUGAGCUGCUACAACUCGCUGCAGUUCCCCCUGCAAGAGAACUACGCGUAUCAAGGGAGGCUGGUGACGGAUGAGACAACUUUUGUGACAUUGAGGGAAAAACUUUACUCCGCUUCCCAGGGCUUAACCGAGUUCACCGAGACCGAAAGAACCACCGCAGUUUCCACCGUAAAGGAUCAUGCUGAAGCCGAACAAAGGACAGUGGAAUGGAUUAGGACUCAGGCGUCUCCAACUAAAUCGGCGGCGGCGUAUCACAACACCGCGGUGGAGAAGGAGCAUCAGGAAUUCAGCACCACGGACAGCGAACUCAGGGUGAACUGCACCAUGGAUUACGGAGAGAAGAAACUUCCCCAAGCCAUCAUCAUCGGGGUGAAGAAAGGGGGGACUAGAGCCCUGCUGGAGGCUCUCAGGGUGCACCCGGACGUCAGAGCCGUUGGAAAUGAGCCACAUUUCUUUGACAGGAACUACGAGAAGGGGCUGGACUGGUACCGAGACCUGAUGCCUUCAACGCUGGAAGGGCAGAUCACCAUGGAGAAGACGCCCAGCUACUUUGUGACUAACCAUGCCCCAAAGCGGAUCCACUCCAUGGCCAGGGACAUCAAGCUUAUUAUAGUGGUGCGUAAUCCAGUCACUAGAGCCAUUUCAGACUACACACAAACUUUGUCUAAGAAACCUGAGAUCCCCACCUUUGAGGUCCUGGCUUUUAAGAAUCGGACGCUGGGUCUUAUAGACGCCUCAUGGAGUGCGUUGCGUAUAGGAAUAUAUGCGCUCCACUUGGAGAGCUGGAUGCAGUAUUUCCCUCUCUCCCAAAUGCAUUUUGUCAGCGGGGAAAGGCUCAUUGUGGAUCCCGCGGGCGAAAUGGCCAAAGUGCAGGACUUCUUGGGACUAAAACGGAUCGUCACAGACAAACACUUUUACUUCAAUAAAACUAAAGGAUUUCCGUGUCUGAAGAAGCCAGAGGACAGCAGCACUCCCAGAUGCCUCGGCAAGUCUAAAGGGAGAACUCACCCUAAAAUUGACCCGGACGUAAUUCGGCGGCUGCACAAGUUCUACAAACCCUUUAACAUGAUGUUCUACCAAAUGACUGGCCAGAACUUUGAAUGGGAGCUGGAGGGAGACAAUGAAUCUCGUAGCUCUCAGGACUAG